CAGCGCGCUGCCGCCGGCCGCGCUCCUGCGCCGGGGACUCGCAGCGGCGGCAUCGGAGGUUGGAAGCGCCGCUCUGGGAACCACAGUGGCUGGCGCCGCUUCUCUUCCCUCGCUCCAUUCCUUCUCCUCCGCGGUGGGUUGCGCGUCGGCGCAAGUCCCGCACCCGUCGUUCCUCCUUCUCAGCUGCCGCGGCGCGCACUGCAGGUCGCGCAACGAGAGAGGGACGAUUUGACACUGCGACCCCCCCGCCCCCCCCUUUUGGUUUAUUUUAUUUUUUAUUUUUGUAAUCAUUAUUGUCCGUCCCUGUUUCUUUCCUUGCUCCGCUCCGUGGUCUUUGCCGGCGACAAGGACAGCAGUGCCCCUCGGGGAAGCCGGAGCCCUGCGGAUGCGCCUCCCCGGGACUGGGGGAGCUGACUCGGAGUGGAUUUAUUGACUCGCGGUUGCUUCCGAGCUGCCCGAAACAGCCCGACCUGGUGCCCGUGCGGAUUGCAAACUGCGGGGAGCAGUGAGAGACAUACAGGAGGAGCCGCCCACUGAAGCUGUGUCCUUUUCCCACCGACCCUUUUAUUUCUCCCGCCACCCUUUAUUUUACCUCUUUUUAAUUUAUUUUUUGUUUUACUCCUUUUCACGCGGGCCUUAGACACUGUGAACGCGUAUGGCGCUCUGGAUCCAAAUGGGAGUUGGCAGUUUGAGUGGCAUCUUCCAAGGCAGCCGGGAGACCCCCACUAAGAGGAAGGACUAAGGUGUUUGCUUUUUUUUUGCUAUUGCUGUUACUUCGGAGGUAGCUUGGAUCUGACCUCACAGGAGAUAUUCCUACAUGCGAGUGGCAUACAUGACUCAGUAGAUCUGCUUGCAGCUCUCGCCAAGUGCAUCGUCGACUCUUACUGAUUUUUAAAAUUUUUUUAUAUAUAUUUUUUUUUUUUCCUAUCAAUCAUCCCGGCUGUUGGGAUACCGGGCACCCACCCUGCUGUUGCCGCUCAGGUGCGUGGGAAGGCGCACGGCGGAGUUGGCGAGGCUCCGGGGAGGGACUCGGUGCCGCCUGCGACCAUGGCAGCGCGGAGGCGAGAUGCCUCCGCCUGGAAGUACUGCUGGGGAGCCGUGAUGGUUUUAUGCAGAACUGCACUGGCGCGGUCCAUCGUUUUAGACCCCAUAUAUUGGAAUUCCUCUAACCCCAAAUUCCUUCCUGGACAAGGAUUGGUACUUUAUCCACAAAUUGGAGACAAACUGGAUAUUAUAUGCCCAAAGGUGGACUCUAAAACUAUUGGCCAAUAUGAAUAUUAUAAGGUCUACAUGGUUGAUAAAGACCAAGCAGAUAGCUGUGCUAUUAAAAAGGACAAUACACCUCUACUUAACUGUGCCAAGCCAGAUCAAGAUGUUAAGUUUACCAUCAAGUUUCAAGAGUUCAGUCCUAAUCUCUGGGGCCUGGAAUUUCAGAAGAACAAAGAUUAUUACGUCAUAUCAACAUCAAAUGGGUCUUUGGAGGGCCUGGAUAACCAGGAGGGAGGGGUGUGCCAGACAAAAACCAUGAAGAUCCUCAUGAAAGUUGGACAAGAUCCCAACUCAGCAGGGCAGCCACGGCACACGGAUCCCACCAAGCGCCCUGAGCAGGAAGCUGGCACCAACGGGAAGAGUUCCACCACCAGCCCUUUCGUGAAAGACCACUCAGGAUCUAGCACAGAUGGCAGUAAGGCUGGGCAUUCCAGUAUACUGGGUUCAGAGGUGGCCUUAUUUGCAGGGAUUGCAUCAGGGUGCAUCAUUUUCAUCGUCAUCAUCAUCACUUUGGUGGUUCUUUUGUUGAAGUACCGGAGAAGACACAGGAAGCAUUCCCCGCAACACACGACAACUCUAUCACUUAGUACAUUAGCCACCCCAAAACGCAGUGGCAACAACAAUGGUUCUGAGCCCAGUGACAUUAUCAUUCCUCUAAGGACUGCAGACAGUGUCUUUUGCCCCCACUAUGAAAAGGUCAGCGGCGACUAUGGACAUCCGGUGUACAUAGUUCAAGAGAUGCCUCCUCAGAGUCCAGCAAACAUUUAUUACAAGGUCUGAGGAACACACAACCAGCUCUGUGGUACAGUUGAGUCGUAGAGGAAACUCACUGGUCAAAUGCUUUCUGUUGGGGUUUGUGAUGACGCCUUGUGCGCUAGCAUUGACUUAAGCACAGGGGGGAGAAGGCAACAGCUCUUUCUCCAGGAACCGACGCGAGCUGGACAGCUUACCUAGUCUGUAGAAUCCCUAUCUCGGUGAAUAAGUAUUCACUAAAAGCUGGAAGACUUUUAUGUAGAAGAUGCCCAUUCUGAUUCCUGUACUCUUGUUACAUUCAUCAUCCUCAAAGCCAUGUGCUGUGGGCAUUCAGGCAUGUACAAAAGCCAAGGGAAGAUGGAGCAAUCCGUGGAUGUUAAUAGCUCUAGGCAUCCUGGAAUGGUGCUCUAGGAUAUAUCAAGCUUGAAAUGCAAUCUUCUGACUUUUGUGUGUCUCUCUCAGUGCGUACUGGAUUUGUCACACAGACCUUGGUGUCUAAGUAAGACUUGUUAAAGUUCUCUUGCUUUUAGUCCGUCACUGUUCCAUUUGUUUCUGUUAUCCGGGGCUCUGCCAUCCUUCACAUAAGAUUUCCUUUCACUCCACCUCCUGAAUCACUAAUGGAACAUUAAUGUUUGGAGAUCCGCACUCCAUCCAUCUGCUACAGCAGCCUCACUCGAAUGGGUAAUGCAUUUAUAAAAAUUGUGUUUGAUAGUAAGGAGCCUUCCAGCCAAAAAGUUGGGCUGUCAACAAAGUCAAGAGCAGGACUGGGUGGUGGAGGGAAGGGCUGAUUGAGGUUGCAAUUCAAUAUUGUUGCCUCAGAAAUAGAAGCUGGGAAGAAAAAAAAAAUGCAUUUAGGUAGCACAGCACUUUGGUAUGCUAAGUUUUAAGAGGCAAGUAGGAAACACAAUAACAUGUGCAGUGGGUUAUGGCUGCAUUUGAAGGAAUUCACGGUUAUCAAAUACCAGUGUGCAGAAAAAAAUAGUACCUUCAAUACAGUAGAACAAAGGGGUAUUGUUAGUAAGUCAACAAGCCUGGAGAAGACAAGACAAUAGCAGGCCACUGAGGAUGUAUUAGGGCAGGGCUGUUGUGGUACUGGCAAUAAAAUACACAGCUUUGAAGCUGUAGCAAAAACAUAGUCUGCCUUGGAUGACUUUUAAGCAGACUCAGCUGCUAUACUAUCACAUUAUACUAAACACAGGGAAAGCAUGUAAGAAAACAACUGAGAGCCAAGUGCCCAAGAUAAUUAUAAGCCAGUGGGUCAAACGAGCUAUAAUUCUCUCACUGAUAAAGUUGUGGGGAAAAAAAACAACAAACCACAAAACCUUGCUCAUCUCCAAAAGUAAGGCAUAAUUCCUGUGUGACUGACCCUUUUGGCACUUUGGCUUAUUGUAGUGCUGUCCCUGCACGGUGAGUGUAGGUACUGACUGACACAGCAGUUCAUUGGUGCUCUGUUGCAAAGUUAAAGCACAUAAGGCAAACCUCUGGCAGUCUGUAAGAGUAAAAUAAAUUAUGACACUGAGAUGGAGAAGGAAAAUAUGUCUUAUUUAUAAUAGGUGUAUAGAACACAAGGGAUAUAAAGUGAGAGUUUUUCUUUUGUUCAUUCUUUCUUACUUUUGAUUUGGAUUUUUUUACUAAUAUAUAUUUUGAGAUUGCACAGAAUCUACACCAGAAGAUGUGAAAUUCAUUUGCGGCAACUGCAUAGUCUUAACUUGUCAUCAUUUUCCAUAUAUGUGUGUGUGUGUGUCUAUGUAUAUACACACAUAUAUAACUAUAUAUGCAUACGUAUGUAUAUAUAUGUAUGCAUAUGCGCACAUUUUUUUU